AAGCCACAGUUAAUUUACGUGUGUUUAUUGUUGUUUCACCCUAGUCUUCAACGUGGAUUGGGGCAAGCUUUGCACUCGAACAAGGACAGUUUUUUUACCGGAAAAAAAUCCCAGAAUUUUGAACACAUCAUUGCAAUUGCGUCUGCAAGACAAAUAGGGAAUGGCUGUUUAACCAACCUUAUAACUUUCUGUCCAGUGAGUAGUAACCAGUAGCCGCACCUAACGACACGACAAUUUCUGUCCCAUACGAAAACACGAAAAACAAAAACAAAAACAAAAACAAUGAUUGACGAAGUACCUCAUUGCGAAGAACUGAACAGUGGAAAGAGAGGCUAUUCCAAUAAGGCUUCUAACCGCUUCGCAUUUCAUGUGGAUUGUUACUACUGCAUUUCAGAAAAAAUGGUUGUAAGAUGACCAGAUAUAUACUAAUUCUAGGUGAUGGAAACUUUUCCUUUUCACUUGCAUUAGUAAAAGACAGAGAAUUGUUCUUAAAGAAGUAUUGGCAAUGCAAUUUUGAUUCAUUGGUUGCUAGUCAGGAAUCGAAAGACAAUGACGAGCGUUGCAGGAAAGGAGAUAAUAAAAUCGAAUAUUUUGCGACAUCAUAUGACCCUGUGGAGACUCUAGCACAGCAUGAAAAUUCACGCGAAAAUAUUAAGGCUUUAGAAGAGAUAGGGGAUGUUCGUGUUCUUCACAAAGUUGAUGCUAAAAACUUGCAUGCUACAUUUCAAAGGGCAGCAGACGGGACAGAGGGGCUUGUUUUCUCUCGAGUCAUUUUUAAUUUUCCACAUGUAGGCGGAAAAUCAAAUAUAAAGGGAUGUAAAAGUCUUCUAAAAGAUUUCUUUUCUAGUGUAAUAGAGUUUGUUGAUGAAACUGGUCUUGUUUUUGUCACACUUUGUAAAGGACAAGGAGGUAUCCCCACUGACGCUUCAAGAAAUGGUUAUGGUAAUUCAUGGCAAGUGGCAUCUCAGGCAUCUGAAGCUGGUUUUGUAUUGUGCAAUGUGAUACCCUUUGAGUCAAUAGCACCCCUAGGCUAUGAGCCAGCUGGCUACAGAGGGAAUCUUCACAAAGGCUUUAUAGAAAAGGAAUCAUUAACAUAUGUCUUCAAAAAGGAGAAAAGAAUUGUUUUACCAAAUUUUCUCAACUUCAGAGUUGGAGAAGAACUUAUAUUAGAAGCUGAUGAUUUCCUGUUGAAUGAACUGACGAAAUGGAAUCCUUUCAAAAUGUCGUGGCAUCCACUGCUGAAUUCUUUGUCAAAUGUGCUAUGUGUUUUUGACAACUUGUAUGGUAGCUGUCACUCAAAUGGAACAAGUCUUAGCAGUAUAAACAGUGAUUUUAACAUUUAUGUUAAAAGCAGUGCUAAUCCUGACUUGCUCAGUUUUUUGAACGAUCAAUGCCAGAAUACCUCUCUGAUCUCAUUUGGGUCCUUGUUUAUUGACUCAACCACAACAAUUUCUCCAGAGUCGUACCCUGUUACACCAGAAAUUGUGAUUGUGGAUUCAUGCUUGAAAUACAAUUCAUUGUCAGAAGUUGCAACUAAAGUUUAUGUUGCAUUGGAAAAUGUUUUUGGUAACCAUGAUAUUUUAUGGUCUUUGAGUGAAUCUUCAGGUCCCAUCUUGACAAGCAAUCCUUUUCACAAGCAGAUGGUCAAUGCAGAUAAAUUUGAUUUGAAUAAAAUCCCGUAUUUUCUUGAGGACAUGGACAUGGAAGCCUGGUUGUCAUUCAGACCAGAGUUAACAAUAUCAAAGGAACAAAAAACAAAUUGUGAUUCACAUCUGAAGUAUUACAAGGUUUCAUUGGAAGAAUACAACAUGAGUGAUAGAGAAAAAGAUUAUUUCUGUUUAGAGAGCAUGCAAACCUUUUCGUUCUCCGCUUGUUUUGCAACUGAAUCACCUAUAUAUAAUAUUAAAAUAAAUAAUAUGCCUGUUGUAAGCAUAGGCAUUUUGAAAAUGAAAAGAGAAAUACAUGGUUCUACUAUUGCGAAAGAAAAGAAAUAUCCUACAUUCCUUACCAUUAUAAGACCAGAUCUUCUUUGUAUGGCAUUGCUGAAGAUAAAGGACAUAAGAUUACUUUGGUUGAAAGACAAAGUUUUCUUACAAAGCCUGACGUAUUGCAUGGUAAAUGGAUCGCAAACGCCAGUCAAAGUCCUGUACCCGCUUUGUUACCGUCAUGAUAUAUGCUUCUGGGUCAGAGGAGGUGAAAGCGAGAGUGUUCUCAGGGCUGCUCUACGUCGAUGUUGCCUGGGUAUGGUUCACAGUGUCCGAUUGCUGAGAGUGUUGUGUCAUGAGGAGAGUGACUUACUUAGCUUUUGCUAUAGAAUUAUAUAUAGUCGUUGUGAUGGACCGCUUUCUCAUAGAGAAACUGUCGAACUGCAGAACAAACUGAGGUUGCUGUUGAUUGACUUGAAAUUUGACCUCAGAUGAGGUCAUUUGCUUUGGAAAAGGGACUCGUCACUGCCGGAUCUCCCUCGUCUUGAAGGAAACCAUUGAGGAUGCAGACCAAGUGACCCCCAAGCAUUCAAUUGAACAAGACUACUGAAUGCUCAUGGGUCUACUUUGUUGUAAACGACACCUAGUUCGUUGACUACCUCAAAGAAUAAUGUAGUAUUAGUGACACCUUCAAGAAGCUGUAACAAUUUUGCCAGAAACGUAGGAUCUCUAUUUGAUCACUCUAUUUAGCCCGCGCUUUAUUUAAUAGGCCCCACUCCUCCACUUGAAAUAAGUCCCAUUCCAUGAUAUCCUCAUCUGGUGUCAGGACCAAAAGGAAAGUAUAGAGAUAGAUCAAUACGAAGCUAUGAUAUGUUUCUGCAUAUUGUUGAAAAUUGUUAAAAUAUUAUUGUUUGUCAAAAUAAUUCAAAAACUGCCAAGAAUGCAAAUAUAUCUCUAAAGAAAUUGUCAAUGAUCUGGCAGUCGAUUUAAGAAACGGAGAAAGUGAAGUUGUUGUAUCAACUAUCAUAUCUCGAGGUGACAAUUCAACGUUAAAUGCGAAAGCAAAAUCUGUAAACAAAGAAAUGAAAACUCUGUGCGGAGCAAAAGAUUUAGAUUUCAUCGAGCACCAAAACAUCGAUACAACUAAGCACCUGAAUGGAAGUGCUUUGCACCUGACUAAAACGGGCACAGUCCUUCUUGCCAAUGACCUCUCAAGGCUCAGUGGUGUGAUGAUUGGACUCACAGCUAAAUUUAAUAAACACACAGCUAAGCAAAUUCACCCUACUUUAGAAAAUCGAAAUCCACAUGAAAUUGCUAUUUCUGAUACCGAAGAUAUUAACCCCCUUGCCAGACUAUCAACUUUUAGGAACAAGAAUAAAAGAUGCCUAAUUUUAGCUCAUCUGAAUAUGAUAUCAAUCCGAAAUAAAAUCUCAAAAUUCUCAAUCUCAAUAUCCUGAACGCUUUUAAACCAAAUUAGAAGAAUCCUUUCCAACUACACUCAUUUUUUAUAAGAAACAAAGGUUGAUGUUGAGUACUCCAGUUUCCUAAUGUUCUUGAAAUUUCAAUACUCAUUGUUUCUGAAGAAUUUCUUUAUUAUGAUGUCAUGAAUAAUGCUAUGAAAUGUUCGCGGCCUUUUUAUCACGUCAAGAGAUUCGCUUAAGUUCUAAUGCUGUAUUUAGAUCUGGAAAGUAUGUUUUUUCCUUGUGUCUUAGGUUCUAAGCCAACAGUGCAAUCAUGUUCUGGAUUUUACGAAGUUUCGUUGUUCUCAGUUUUAUCACGAUUUAAUAGUUUCUUAAUUUUUUUGCUUCGAGUACUGAAGUUUCUUAAUUUUUUCUGACUAUCCAGUACUCGUUUCUUAUAGCCAGUUUCUUAUGAAAAAUUGAGUGUAGUCGAUUUUUAAUUGAUGGUUUCAAAGGACCUUUCCAUUAAGAUAGAAAUGCAAACGGUGGCCGGAUUCUUGUAUCUAUCAGAGAUAAAAUUCCAGCAAAUGAAAUCAAACAGGUGGACAUUCAAUUGAAUGUGUAUUAACGGAAAUUAAUGUGGGCAAGAAAAAAUGGGUAUUGAUCAUUACCUACCAUCCCCUUUCUCGAUAUGAAAAUUUUUUCUUUGCAGAGAUGGGCAAAGUGCUUGACCAACUUACUCUUUGAUACCAAAACUUUGUCAUUGUUGGAUAUUUAAAUUCGGAAGAGAUAAAUCGCGAAAUAAGCAAUUUCAUGGAUAUCUAUGGGUUAAAAAAUUUGAUGAAAAGUCCCACUUGUUAUAAAUCUGCUGACAGUCCCUCUCGGUUGAUAUGUUUCUAAUGAAGUAAACCUCUGGCUUUACAGCAAAUACUACAGCAAAGAGGUGGGAUUGUCUGAUUUUAAUUUGAUGAUAUUAACAGUGUUUAAGAGUGAUUUUCUUAAAAGAGGUCCGAAGAUUGUGACAUACCGAGACUACAGUAAAUUUUAUCCUAUAAAGUUUCCCAAUGACCUUAGAAGCAAUCUAGCUAAGAACAGCGAAGCAUACUGAAAAUUUUACAGUAUAUUAAAACUGUAUUUCUGUUGUCGAAGAAGUUCUGAAUAACCAUGCACCUCUGAAACAAAGAUAUUUACGCGUAAAUGAUGCACCUCCGGUGCUCCUUUCAUGACGAACACUUUAAGAACGGAAAUUAUGCUCCGUACACAGUUCCAUAACAGGUUAAAGAGGCAUUAUGCUUUGAAAACUGGACCGCUUGUUUAAAGCAAAGAAACAGGGGUGUUAAAAUUCUGCGACAAGCAAAAACAUCAUACUAUGGUAACCUUGAUAUAAACUCUGCCACUGACAAUAAAAAGUUCUGGACAACUGUAAAGCCACUUUUUACUGACAAGGUACAAACCUCUUCAAGUAUUACGCUUAUCGAAAAUGAAAAGUUUAUUACGAAUGACAGUGAAACAGCUGAGAUCCUUAAUGAUUUUUUCAUAAAUAUCACAAAGACUAUUUAAAUUAACCCAGAGGUGGCGGAAAUCUUCCGACAGAGGGGCUGGAGCUUCCGACAGGGGGCUAAAAUGACUAAAAUAAGCAGUUUUCGUACGUUAUUAUGUCAAAUUUGCUCCGACAAUAACCUCAAAUUUCCUCAGAUGGGAGGGGGCUAGAUGCUUCCGACGGAGGGGCUGUAGCCCCCCUUAGCCCUCCCCUGGCGCCACCACUGCAUUGCCCUUGGUCAAUGCACACUUAAUUCGAUAAACCAUUUGCUGGACCCUGUUGAAAUUGCUGUUUAAAUAUAUAAACAUCAUCCCAGCAUUCACAAGAUUAUGGAUAAAGUGAGCCAUGGCACAUUCUUCGAGUUCCAACCAAUUACUAUGGAGGCAGUCAAUGAUGAAUUAUCGAGACAAAAUCCAAAUAAUCGUCCAGAAUUUAAAGUAUUUCUCCGCGGAAACUGAAAGAAAACAAAGACAGUUUUGUAUCAUUACUGACAAAAUUUACAUUUAUUCAUUACUCCAAAAGCGUUUCCUGAAUCUCUUAGAUUAAGAGACAUACAUCAAGACAUACAUAACGCUAGAAAAAUCUCGUUUCAUUUCCUUGAUGUUGUUUGAGUACGAUUAUAAAUCAAAUACAUAUGAAUAUUCAGUUUCUGGUUCUCCUUCAUAAUUAACAAAUAAGAUUCACUGCUCAUCUUUACUUUCUUCUCUCUCGCCCUCUACACCCAAGUAAUUUGAGUUCUCUUUGGGCUAAACUGAUGCUUCUACUGGCUCUUUAAAAUUUCCCCAAUGGUUUCUUUCUAACGUUUCAAUGGUUUCAAAAGAGUAUUCAAAAUUGGAUAAAUUUAGGUAUGUUCAAAAUUGGGCGAGUUAUGGCGAAUG